AUGGAGACCUCUGAGUCUACUGACAGAUCGCAGUCGCGAUCUUUAGACUUACAGCCCAGCUCGGACAGACUAGGGUCCAGUUCCGAUCCCUUUUCUUCUUGGGAUGGCCGUCAUAGAUCGGCCCUGGUAGCUGCAACCGCAGCAGCUUCAGCAGCUGCUACAGCCGCCUCCACUGCCAGAGCAGCUGCAUUAUCGACAAAGAGCCCAGCCCCCUCCUGUCAUGGGAGCCUGCUCACGGAGCCCUCCUCUGACAGUCUGACAGAGCGCUACACUGGACCUGGAUUUACCCACAAGAUAAGCCACGGGAGACUCGGCUUUCAGCCUGUCUAUGUUUCCCAUGUUGCUCGGAAUCCCUAUACUACAAAUGACCUUAGCUCUAGUCGUGGCCCUGUUCCUGGCUCCAGUUCUGGCCCUGUUCCUGGCUCCAGCUCUAGCCCUGGUCCUGACUCCAGCUCUGACCCUGGACCUAGCUCCAGUUCUGGUCCUGGUGGUAGCCCUGGCGGUGGCUCAGGUCGAGAUCCUGGCCAUGGCCCUGGUCCUGGUGGUGGCUCUGGUCAGGGUCCUGGCGGUGGCUCUGGUCAAGGCACUGAUCUUGGUCCUGCUGUUGAUUCUAGGCAUAGCCCAGGCCAUGGCCAUGGCCCUAGGUUCAACUUCUCUGCUCCUGUAGGCUUCAGAAACCCCGGGGGAGAUCUUAUCCCUAAUUAUACUGGCUGCAAACACCACUGUCACUGGGAGCCGCAGAAACAAUCCUGGAAAUUUUUGAAAGUCUCAGAACCUGGUGCCCGAGGGCUGUGGAAGCCCCCCGAAGUUGAAGGGAAGAGUACGGUUCUCAGUGAAACACUGCCACGGGGCCAGUGCCUUCUCUACAACUGGGAGGAGGAGAGAGCCACCAACUACCUGGAUCAAGUCCCAGUCAUGCAGGAUGGCUCUGAGAGUUUCUUUUUCCGACACGGACACCGGGGACUGCUGACCCUGCAGCCACAGUCACCCAUGUCCUCCUGCACCACCCAGAAAGACUCAUACCAGCCCCCAACAAGCCACUGUCAGCCAAUUCGAGGGAAGCGUGAAGCCAUACUGGAGAUGCUCUUGCGCCAACAAAUCUGUAAAGAGGUGCAGGCAGAGCAGGAACCCACAAGGAAGGACUUGGAGGUCGAGUCUGUGACACACCACGACUACAAAAAGGAGCUGGUGCAGGCAGGGCCUCCUGCCCCAACAAAGCUCCACGACUACCAUACAGAGCAGCCUGAAACCUUCUGGCUAGAGAGGGCACCUCAGCUACUGGGUGUCAGUAACAUCAGGACACUAGACACACCGUUCCGGAAGAACUGCAGUUUCUCAACACCUGUGCCUUUGUCUCUAGGGGAGCCGUUGCCCUUUGAACCUGAGAGUUAUUCCCAACAAGGAAAAAUAUCUUCCCUUGCCUGUCAGGGAGGGGCGCAGGGUGGUGGAGGGGGUUGA